CAGGGAUUUGAGACACAAGGAUCACAAGCUUCCAAUUAGCACAAGACAUUAAUCCACCCCAAACUCUUUAUCUAUAUAAUGUCCGAAUGUGCGUAUUUUGCAUCCGCAUGUUUCCUUAAGCAUAAUUAAUAACUCGUUGACUAUUCGGAUUUAAACCAAUCCUCAUCAUGCCACAACAAAGCUUCUUCAAAUCAAUUGAGAUACCUCAGCACAGAAUCUACAAGGAUAUUGUCUUCCCCGGCGUUCUGUCUCCAGGCAACAACAAUUCCUCCGAUGGAAUUGCAAGUCUUUCAAGUUUGGAAUUUGCGAUCAAAGAACAAAAGCCAUGGAUUGAGUCGGUUCUGUAUCAAUCCGGAGCGAUUCUGUUCAGAGGGUUCCCAUUGAACUCUGCCUCAGACUUCAAUAACUUCGUUGAAGCCUUUGGUUUUGAGGAAUUGCCUUAUGUCGGCGGCGCUGCUCCCCGGACUAAUGUUGUUGGCAGAGUUUUCACGGCUAAUGAGUCCCCUCCUGACCAGAAAAUCCCUUUUCACCAUGAAAUGGCUCAGGUUCCAGAGUACCCAUCAAAGCUGUUCUUUUUCUGUGAAGUAGUGCCUGCAACUGGAGGAGAAACUCCCAUAGUACUUAGUCAUAUUGUGUAUGAGAGAAUGAAAGAAAAGUACCCUGAAUUCGUCGAUAAGCUUGAAGAACACGGGUUGAUUUACACGCGUGUUUUAGGUGAAGAUGAUGAUCCAUCAUCUCCAAUUGGUCGUGGUUGGAUAUCAACAUUCUUGACCAAAGACAAAUCUGUUGCGGAAGAAAGGGCUGCUAAGUUGGGGAUGAAGCUGGAAUGGACUGAAGAUGGAGUGAAGACAAUCAUGGGACCUAUUCCUGCUAUCAAAUUCGAGGAUAAGAGACGGCGCAAGGUAUGGUUUAACAGCAUGGUUGCUGCUUAUACCGGCUGGAAAGAUGCCAGAAAUGAUCCAGUCAAGGCAGUCACUUUUGGGGACGGAACGCCACUCCCUUCUCACAUCAUCUACGACUGCCUCAGGAUUCUAGAAGAGGAAAGUGUCGCUAUUCCAUGGCAGAAAGGAGAUGUUCUGUUGAUAGAUAACUUGGCUGUUCUUCACGCUCGAAAGCCCUUUGAUCCUCCUCGCCGCAUACUGGCUUCCUUGUGCAAGUAAAAGCUAAAUGAAUUUUUGAUCCAUCUAGUUGUAAGAAUGAGAGCCUUUCAACCCCCCAUAACGAGGGAGUUGAGGAGAAAGCCCUUUUGCUCCUAUUUGUUUGGAGUCUCUUUUCUCAAUUGGAACUGCUGAGAUCUUCUCAAUAGUAUCGACUAUGGAGCUUUGUAAAACUAUAACACAACCUGUUUACACAUGAAUAAUCCAACGUUCCCGCCCCUCGAAUGUUCGCCAUUUAAAUAUGUUUUAUGAAGGAAUGACUUGAUAUAAGCAUUAGCUUAAAAAAGACAAGUGCAAGUGUUGAGGGGAUAAAUUAGGAUGAACCUCUUCACAUGGAAUCGGCUAAGUUUCUUAAAGCAGCCAGCCUCUGCAGUUUGGAAUUAUAAAUGGUUAACAUGUUCUGUG